GGAGCACAACAGCAGCAACAGCAGCAGCAGCAGCAGCAACAGCAGCAACAACAACAGCAACAAUCGGUGGUGGCAACAACAACAGCGCAUCAUCCGCCGCCACCGGCGCCACCGACAAGUGCGCAUCAUAUCACGGCCACGGGCGUUGCAACAGCCCCGCCCACAUCGACACACGCCCCCACGGUGGCGGCGCCGCAAACGGUGACGCUGUCAAUAACAUUGCCGCCGCCGCCACCGCCAACGGCGCAUCCGGCGCACACGCAUGCAGGACAUGCACUGGCGGCCACGCCCAACGGCGUCGCGCCACCACCGCCGCCGCCCACACUGUCGCACGCGAUACCCAUCCACCCGCACAUACACUCGAUAUUCGGAUCUCUAUGAUGUCAUCAGUAAACAGCGCAGCUCUACGAAUCAUCCAGCAGCAGCAGCUAAGAAAGCAAUGAAUGCUCCAGCCACGCCCACAUUUUAAAAGCAAACAAAAAUUCUGCCCAGCUUUGUAAAAAGUUGUGACAGUUAAAUGAAAAAAGAAAAAAAAAAUUAUAUAUACAUAUAUAUAAAUAUUCGCAAUAUUUUGUAAGUUUUUAAUAGUUUUCUUAAGUUCUUUAAAAAUGAAAAUCAAAUCAACAAAACACGAAAUUCUCCUAGUUUUUAAACGAAAGUCAAAACACAGUUUUGGUCAGACAUACGUAUAUAUAUAUAUUUAUAUAUAUGUAUAUAUGAUGCAGAACGUAGCAUGAACAGACGAGUACUAGUCUUUUCGAAAAGGACUCUAAACUCCUUUGACACACACACACACACAGACACACACAUACACAAAACGGUUGAAGAAGCUAAAAGAGAAGUUAGAAAAGAAGAAAGAGAACAACUUUAGCAUAGAUCAAUCCAAAACACAACGUUAUACGAUUCCUUUUUUUCUAUAAAAGCAAAUUUUAUUUUAGGAUCUUAAAUUUUAACUUUACAAAUUUAAAUCGAAAGUUCACAGAGUUAUACGAUUUUUAGGCGUACUGCUUAGAGUAGUGAGGGAGGGAGACAGAGAGAGGGAGAGGGAGAGGGAGAGAGAGAUAGCGCAAGAGUGAGGCCGAGAGUGAAUGAUAGUGAUAGAUGGGGCAGCUAGCGGUACGAUUAGUGGUAUAAAUAGAGAGAGAAAAUCAAGAGGCGUUCGACGUUGCGCUGAGCAAAUUAUGUUUAAUUUUGUAAUAUCUUUUGGCAAAGAAGAAGACAGCAGCUAAUUUAUUUGAAAUAUUCAUUUGAUUUAAACAUAUAUAAAUAUAUUUAAAUAUAUUAGUUUAUCUUGGAGUUGCGCGUAAACUUUGAAUGAGAUGUGAUUUUUUUAAAAAUAAUAAUUAUUAAAAAAAACAAAUCAUAUGCAAUUUAAUGUUUAAAUUAAAAUAUUUUUAUUUUAAGUUUGUAAAUUGGAAACAAACAAAAUUUUUGUUGUCUUCCCCAGAAUUGUUUGUGUGUAAUUUAUGUUGAGUUUUAUUAAGUAAUUAGCAAACUAUAUUUUAUAUAUAUAUACUUUAUAUAUUCAACUAUGUCCACACAUGGCAACAGACCCCAACUCCAACCACAACCCCAAACACAACUACAGCCUCAACCCCAACUUCAACUUCAACUAACAAAUUGUUUAUAGCAAAAGGUUAUCCAGAUGUGACUCUUCAGGUGCCAUACAUUAAAUGAACAAUAGUCAGACGAACUGUUUACUAAAUCUGAUAUCAAAUCAAAUAUGUGUGGAUAUAAAAAAAAAGAAAGAAAAACAAACAAAAAACAAUUUUAAAAAUUUAGUUUCUUAUAUCAAAUUUUCCAAUGUACCGUCAAAGCAUUUAUAAUUGUUAUUAAACUAAUAGAAUAUGUUACCUAAAACUGAACAGAAAUUAAUUAUAAUUUAGCUAACCCCGAUUUGCAAGUAAUUUACUCACACUUCUAUCUAUAUAUAUAUAUAUA